AUGGGUCGUUUUUUGAACUAUACGUUAUUGGCAUCAGUCCCAACAUUCACUGCUAUCUAUUAUACCCAAAAAACUCAGAUCUAUACAGGUCCUUAUCUAGAAAAGAACCCAUUUGAUGAAUCCAAGUAUUCACUUGCUCAAAGGUUGAAAUAUAAAAUCUUGGGAAACAAUGAUAACGUUAUUCACUCCAAAAGUUUCAAAUUAACUAACCCAAAUGGGAACACUCCAUCUUUUGAUCACUAUGAACAAACAUUAGAUAAGGAAACCACAGCAAAAGUUUUAGCUAAACACAAAACAAAUGAAGAGAUUUUGAAACUUAUUGAAAAAGGCUAUUUCAAAGGUCCAACUCUAUGGUUCCAUCAGUAUGCUUUAUCUGCCUAUUUUCAAUUCAAAAGUCCGUUCAAUAGAAUUGCCGGGUUCACAGCAUGGGAACCUGAAUUGAAAAAACUAGAUGUUUCCAAAUUACCAAAGACAGCUAUCUUUGACUUCCCAUUGCUGCCAGAAAAUAAAGAUUUGAAAUACGUAUGGAAGGCUAGUGCUGUUGAGAAAGAAAAAGGUUUAUUACCUCUUAACACCGUUGUCUAUGGGUUGUUCGAUGUUAUAGAUUAUGGUAAACGUACAAAUGGUGGUUAUUAUGAUGUCAGUUUUGGGAGUGAUUUGUUACCAGCAACCAUGAUUCACAGGUUUGAGUAUGAGGUUGUCGAGAAUCAUAAACAUGAACAGAAUUUGGUGUUUAGAUUGACAAAUGUGAGUCAAUUUACCGCUCCAACUAAAAACAUAUUCACUGAUGAAACUGGUGGCUUACAUGAAUUCAUGACCCGUACAAUUGUCCAAGAUGUUAUUAGAGAAGUUAAAAACUCAGUUUAG